AUGGCGCGCCAGCAUUCCUUUCUCACAUCCCGGAGCAGCUCUGCCUUCUUGGCAGCCAUGUGGCUACCGGGCUUUGGGCUCUUGCUGGGCCUGGCUUUCACUGGGGCCAUCAUCCCAGGACAGCGUGUCCCAUCUCGCUCACCAGCCACAUGCAGGGAGCUGUGGCAGCUGGGAAAUGUGGACUCUGCAGGCCCGCCCUUCUUAAUCUCUCCUUGCCGCUUUUCUGUUCUUCCAGUGGAGGAGGAGGACCCGGCGUUCUGGAACCGGCAGGCCUCCAAAGCCAUCCAGGACACCCUGAAGCUCAACCUCCUGCACUACCGAGCCAAGAACCUCAUCCUCUUCCUGGGAGAUGGCAUGGGCAUUCCCACCAUCACCGCGACACGCAUCCUGAAGGGGCAGAUGCAGGGCCACCUCGGCCCUGAGACGCCGCUGGUCAUGGACUCCUUCCCCUUCGUGGCUCUCUCCAAGACCUACAACGUGGACCGGCAGGUGCCUGAUAGCGCCGGCACCGCCACCGCUUAUCUCUGUGGGGUGAAGGGCAACUAUCAGACCAUCGGGCUCAGCGCGGCUGCCCGGUACAAUGAGUGCAACACCACCAUGGGCAACGAAGUGGUGUCCGUCCUACAGAGGGCCCAGCGAGCAGGAAAAUCCGUGGGGAUUGUGACGACCACACGGGUCCAGCAUGCCUCACCGGCUGGGACCUACGCCCACGUGGUGAACCGGAACUGGUACUCUGAUGCUGACAUGCCGGCAGCAGCGAUUACAGAAGGCUGCAAGGACAUCGCUCAACAGCUCAUCCGGAACGUCAACCUCACGGUGAUCCUGGGGGGUGGCCGGAAGUACAUGACUCCGGCAGGCACGCCGGACCCCGAAUAUCCCACCAGUGCCUUCCAGAGAGGCAUCCGCAAAGACAAACAGGACCUCAUCGCCCAGUGGCUUGGCUCUUCCACGGGCGCCAAGUACGUCUGGAACCGAACGGAGCUGUUGCAGGCUGCCGAUGACCCCAGCGUGAGCCGCCUCAUGGGGCUCUUUGAACCUGGGGAUAUGAAAUAUGACCUGAAUCGGAAUAAUGUCACUGACCCAUCCUUGGCUGAGAUGACGGCAUCUGCCAUCAAAAUCCUUCGCCGCAACCCCAAGGGCUUCUACCUCUUUGUGGAAGGAGGCAAGAUCGACCUUGGGCACCACGACGGCAUCGCCAAGCGGGCUCUCACUGAGGCCGUGGAGUUCGACAGAGCCAUCCAAAGGGCUGGGGAGCUGACCAACGAGACCGACACGCUGAGCGUGAUUUCUGCCGACCACUCCCACGUCUUCAGCUUCGGGGGCUACACGCUGCGGGGCACCUCCAUCUUUGGAUUGGCCCCCAGCCUCGCGAUCGACAAUAAGACAUACACGUCCAUCGUGUACGGGAACGGGCCAGGCUUCCAGCUGGGCAACCAGAGCCGCCCCAGCGUGAACGCCGAAGAGAGCGAGGGCGACAACUACCACCAGCAAGCCGCCGUGCCCCUCGUAUCGGAAACCCACGGGGGGGAGGAUGUGGCCAUCCUGGCCAAGGGCCCCAUGGCGCACCUCUUCCACGGGGUGCAGGAGCAGACGUACAUCGCGCACAGCAUGGCGUUCGCGGCCUGCCUGGAGCCUUACGAGGACUGCGGCCUCCCCCAUGAGCAGCAGCGCCCCUCUGAAGGGGACUCAGCCAGCCUGGCCAGCCCUUCCUUCGCACUGCUCCUCCUGGCCUCCGUGCUCCUUUGGGCUUGCUAG